GUCCUAGUCCGCAGAGCGCACACGCACGACUCGCACAUACCUUCCAGCAUGGAUCCAUCCAUCCCUAAGCCUCCUCCCAAGUCCGUCUACGUACGACGACGGUUCGACCGACCAUCUACCCAUCCAACCGCCCGCUCCGGAGCGAUAGACGCCAGGGGACGAAGGAACAGGGGACAGGUAGUUAAGACGAAUGUCUUAGUCAUUGAGAGGAAUACCUCAAGUUGGCAACCUUAGCGGCGAGGAUAGCCUGCAAAUGACCCACGAUCCGACCAGAUCAUCAUCAAUCAUCACUGACUGUGACCAAAACUUGGAGUUUUGUUACAAGUUGCAACGUUUCCGUAAACGUAAGUCAACCGUGCCCCCCUUCCCAACUCUCACUCAGUCUUGUCUCUGGUCUCGGGCUCUCCUGUCCUCCUGUCUGAUCUGAUUUCCGUGUCAGCACUAAAGCCACCUCUGUAUUACAUUAAUUACUUACACAUGCUCCCUCCUCUCAUCCCCUCCGUCUCUCUCUCGCUCCCUCCCCCUUCAUCCUCAAUCUCCUCGUUCCUUGUCAACCUCCUCUUUGAAGUCCCGUUGUUUGUUCCCCACAAGUUCACCGUUUUCAUCGCGUCACAGCGCCCGUUACGCAAGGGUUACAAUAAUGUUGAAAACGUCCCUUUUCCCAUCCCCCCCCCCAUCCCUCUUUAUCCUGGAUCAACUUGUAGGAAGACCAAGCCUAAGCCUGGACCUGAGUACUCUAGCCAGCCCCAGCUCGGCACUUACACCCAGCAAACAAGCAAGCAAGCAAGCAAAGCACGUAUCAUUCCGACCAAGAGAGCCUGCCAGCCCUUAGUUGCUAAACAGGUGCACGAUCCAGAUGCCAAUGGAUCCAAUUCCCUCUUUCUGGUUGAACGAGAACCCACCCACCCCAAUCGCUCCGUUCUUGUCGCCUUGUCAUGGGCAUCACCGGGCGCAUAGUUAUACUUUCUUCUGUCCAAGACACUACACCUUAUGUUUCUUAGGCUUUGUGCUUCUAUUCCUGUCCAACCAAUGGCUCCCCUUCGGGAAUCAACGAUCUUUCGCCUGUGCUUGACAGGCUACUACUACUACCAC